CUUGUGGCCUGAAAAAUCCUUACCCCUGGAAUCCCAAGAGCGAGCGAACACACAGCACGUAAAAGGGGGAAAAACCAAACCCUCUCUUCCUCCUACCUCUCCCUCUCCCUCCCCACGCCGCACUCUUCGCCGGCGGCAAUUCAAGCUGAGGAGCUGGCCACCGAGAGGUCGCGUUCUUUUGGUAUUUUUCUGCGCCAGGAUUGCCUCGAUCUUGCCCGCCCGACAAGCAUAAAUUUCUUCCGUUGAUUAGCUUCUCCGCGAGGGGCGGAGUUCGCCCUCGACUUCGUGAUGGCGGAUACGAAGGCGGACGCAAAGCCGGAAAAGACAAAGUAGAUCGGCGUUCCACGGGGCCUGUAGUUUAGAUAUUUUUCGUUGAGUGGUUGUGCACCGUUGUGGUCUGUUUGGGUGAGUCGACACGUUCGUGCCACGUCACAAUUCACAAGCGCGUGAUUCGUUCCCUUUCGCGACAAGCAGGCAGGGCAAAUUGUCAGCAAGCCUCCACCAAUUCCAAUGGUGGCGUCCCUACACUACCCGUGCAUUUUGCCGCAGCAACGCAAGCUCACCACGCCAACGAAGCUGUCGCCGGCGGGCCUCUUGCUCCGCCCCCACCCACCACAGCCGCAGCAACAUCACCGUCGUCGCCCCUCCUCUAGGCCUGACCUCCGCUGCCACCGCCGUCUCCUCACGGCACGGGGUGACUACGACUACGAGAGCCCUCCAGACGAUGAUGACGACGAAGAAGAGGAUGAGAAGUUGUCCCAAGCUAUGGGCGGCUUCGACACAGCAGUGGCACUAUUCAACGGUGGGGACUUCCACGCGUGCCACGAUGUGGUGGAGGAGCUCUGGUACACCUCCGAGGAGCCCACGCGGACGCUGCUCCAUGGCCUCCUUCAGUGCGCUGUCGGCUUCUACCACCUCUUCAACCAGAACCACCGUGGCGCCAUGAUGGAGCUCGGGGAAGGCCUCUGCAAGCUCCGCAAGCUGCACCUCGACGACGACGACGAUGACGACACCACGAUCCCCUUCUAUCGCUUCCAAGAGGAGGUCGCUGCGGCGCUCAACUUCAUCUACCGCACACAGAAGGAGCUCGCAGCGUGCACCGAUGAUCUCUGCCUAACCAUGGAUGGCUCCGUGAGCUCCUACCAGCUGCUUGGCAACUUCGCCAAGGGGCAGCAGCUCUACCGCCUGCAGCUGCAACCAGACGGAGAUGUCGUUCCAAGCAUAGUCUUCUCUGCCGCAUCCGAUUCACGCGUGAAGCUCCCCACAUUGAGCGCCACAGAGCAACAUCUAUCAGCGCUUCAGUGCACACGCGAGUAUUUUUAGUUCUUUUUUUCAUGUUUGUAGAUCAAGUUUAAUUUGCUAUUCGGAUCCGUUUGAUUACAAGUUACUAGCUUUGUAUAGCACUUUGGAAAUGAGGGAUUGAACAAAAUGAGCUGCAUAGUGUACAGUUUCAAAUGGCUAGCAAAGCCAUUUGAAUUAAAUUUUCUCUCCAACGCUGUUGGAAAUAAUAUUUUAAUGCUUAUAGUGUCCCAUGCCAAAUU